AAUAGUUCUGUUCUAAUGAGGUUCACGAGUCAACCCAACUAUGAUCUCGUUUACAAGGUUGAUGAAGAUAUCGGAGGUGCUCAGAGUUCGACUAUUGAAGACAUUAGGAGAUUUGCUAGCGCUGUGGUCAUUAGCAAGGAUUCUGUAUUCCCCGAAAAUUCAGCAUUUAUCACUAGUGCUACAAAUGUUGUACCAAGGCUACAAGCUGCAAAUCUCUCUGUAUAUGUCCAAACCUUCAGUAACGAGUUCACAUCUCAAGCAUGGGACUUCUUCUCCGACGCAACUGUUGAGAUCAAUUCAUUCUUUGUGGGAGGCGGUAUUAAUGGUGUUGUUACAGAUUUCCCAAAGACAUCUAAUAGAUACCGGAGGAACCGAUGCUUGAACAGAGGCAAUCGCACACCCGGCUACAUGACUCCCGUGCAGCCUGGCAGCCUCUAUCAACUAAUCACACAACCUUACUUGCCACCAGCCGAAGCUCCAAACCCCUACCUGACUGAUGCAGAUGUGGUCGAGCCUCCUUUGCCUCCUGUAUCCGUGAAAGCCCCAACUACUACUCCAAAUGGUACUGCAGCCGCCCCAAGAUCACCAAAUGGACAGCCUAAAGUUGCUGCAUCUGUCAUCAUGCCACUAUUGACUGUGCUUCUAGCCAUUUCUGCACUGUAUUGAAACCGUAGAAAACCCGGCCUACCCUUCAAC